AUGCCGUCAUCGUCUUUCAAGUCCACGAUCAGCGUCACGCACAUCUCGACGGCCACGGCCAUUUUGUCCAUUGACGAAAUCAACUUCCUCCUCGACCCGACUUUUGACAAGAGCGGCGUGUUUGAGCAAGAAGGUGGGUAUAUGCUCACCAAGACUGACGACCCUGCUCUUGGCCUUGAAGACUUGCCUGUGAUCCACGCUGUUCUCCUUAGCCACGAAGACCACCUCGAUAACCUGGACCCGUCAGGCCGAACGAUGUUGAACGGUCGUCUUGUCUUCACAACGCUUGACGGUGCCAAGAACUUGUCUCCGCGCCCAGGCGUUCGCGGCCUAGCGCCAUGGGAGUCAGUGGAGCUUACUCUGAAUGGACACCAGUUCAAGAUCACGGGAACGCCCACGCAGCAUCUUCCUGGUGGAGAAUGCACGGGCUUUGUGCUCGAGUCACCGACGUUCGGCGUGAACGAAGCCGACGGCCUGCCCAAUGUCGUGUACGUGUCGGGUGACACAAUGCACUUUCCCGAGUUGGCCACGGAGUUGCCAAAGAAGUACCACAUUGUCGUGGCGCUCUUGAACCUCGGCAAGGCCAUUGUCGCGGUGCCGACUGUGCCCAUUCAGAUCACGAUGGGCGGCGAGGAGGCUGCGAAGAUGACCCACGACAUUGGAGCGGAGAAGAUGGUGCCGCUGCACUACGAGUCGUGGAAACACUUUACGGAAUCGAGUGACGACGCUCGUGCAGUGCUGUCUGCGGACGAGGCAGUCAAGGACAAGGUCGUCUGGGUCGCGCCUGGCGAGAAGACCGAGAUUGUGUAA